AUGAAAGAUCAAUGCCCUUUGGACAGCGAUGCCUCAGGGUAUGUCGCCAGUUGCACCCUUGGUCUGGCCACUUCUGCUCCUACCAUUUCCCACACCUACAUCGUCGACUCUGGCGCCACUGAGACAAUGGUCAAUCACCCCUCUCUUCUCACCAACCUCCACCCUCUCUCUCCCCCUCGCCAUGUCAAGAUGGGCAACGACGCGAGACUCCCAGUCCGAGAAGUUGGUACCCUGCAACUCAACGGUGUUACCUUCCACAACGUCUGGGUUGUCCUUGGGUUGAACCGAAACCUCCUCUCUUGCCGACGUGGACCUCGCAAGCAGGCGCCACCAAUGUACCAGCUUCCGGUCGCGUUGUACCGUCUGGGUCACGAUGGUAGUGGUGCAAACAUGAACAGUGUCAGCCAUACUUUUGGAGUUUCUGAGGGCACAGCGACAUUGUGGAACGAAGAGGCGGCCAAGCGGUAUAACGACCCCGACCUCGAACUAAAGCCCCAUCACUAUUUCACCCAUCACGGGCAGCCUUCGGGUGAUGGCCCUCGACAUGGAAUCUUCCAGGAGGACGACGUACAUGUCCAAAGGUUCCUGCAUAACCAUGCAGGUGUCACGCAUGAAACUCUUUCCUCAAUCAUUUGCCAUUGGUUGUACAACCACAGGGGCCCAACAAAACAAUCAAAGAAAGGUAUCCUGAAGAAGCUUAGCGCGGUCAGAAGAAAUCUCGAGUCAGCAAGGGGACUCUUCGGCUCGGGCGCUGGCUAUGAUCGUGAGGUGCAAUUCGUGAAGGAUGGCAAGACUUGUACGAAGUAUAUAAAGGACAUCUCCGACGCCAAAGCUACCCCGGAAGAUAUCUGCCAACACUUCAAGGACUGGGAUGUAAUCCUCCGAGACGUCAGACCUCUGGAUGCGACUCUGCGUCACCAAUCUCAAAGAAAUCAGAAUCCGGCUAUUGAGGUGAUGGAUCAGGAGUUUAGCACACAGGCCAAUUAUGAGAGUGUUGGGGAGGAGGACAAUACAGGCGAGGAGGAGGAAAGGGGGGUCGAUUAUCUAGGUGAUGACAAGUUCUUCAUUGCAAACAGAGAAGCGUUGUCGGGUUCAGACUCUGGCGGAGAGGAGUCAAUGACUGUACCUAUUGCGUUCAUUCUUUGA